UACCCAUCUUUGGUACGCAUGGAAUUCCGAUUUUGUGCAUUUAAAAAUAUUUUCUUAUUUAAAAUAAUUAUUUACACUGAAUUUUGUAAAUAUAAUCAUCAUUUAAUAGAGAAAAUUUGUUGAUAAUCGUAAACUUUUAGAAUUUAUCGCGGUGGAAACUAAAAUUCAUGUUAUAUGAAGUCCGAACGAUUUGUUGGUUAUGUUAUGAUUUUACUGCUGGUAUAAAAUAUAGAUUUGCGAUAAAAAAUGAACAAUUUAAUUAUCGGUUCACUUGUUCGAAAUUCUGUUUGUGAAAUGCAAAUACAAAAAUAUUCUCAAUAUGCUAAUAAUGUUUAUAAAUGUAAUAAACAUUUAAUAUCCGUUUUUUCCAAUGGCAAUAAUUUGACACGAAUAACAAAAUAUUUAUCAACAAAUUCAUUUUCAAAUCACAACAAUGCAGUUUAUUCCACUGGAAAUAAUAAAAUAUAUUCGUAUUAUCGUCAAACAGAAUUAAGAAAUGGAAUUGUCAAAAGAAGCUUAUUCAAUAAUUCUUUGAGGUUACCUGGAAAAUUGAAUGUAAGAUAUGAAUCAACAUCUAGUGCAUUAUCAAUUACUGAUACUUUAUCAGAGGCUACUAAUGAAGUUAGUAAUUCUGGAUUUAUUACUCACAAAGAAGGAUUAAUACUUUCAUUAAAAGAUAUAUCAGAGAGUCCUUUGGUAAAUUAUUGUCAAGAAUAUUUACAAUUUUUACAUAAUUAUACCGGUUUACCAUGGUGGGCAACUAUAGUAUUAUCGUCAGUUAUUUUAAAAACUAUAUUUUAUUUUCCUCUUUCUUUGCAACAGCGUCGAUGUCUUAUUGCAUUAGAUAAUGUUCAACAAAAAUUUAAUAUAAGUAUGGAACUAAUUAAAGAAGAAAUUAAAAUCUCAAUGAAAAAGUUUGGUUGGCCAAUGGAUUUCGCUAAGAGCAGGUAUCAAGAUAUGAUAAAAGUAGUAUGGAAACAUGCAAUGCACGAGGAAAAUACAAAUCCACUGAAAGCUUUUAGUUGUGUUGUAUUUCAGUUUACAGCUUGGUUAGGAAUGUCUAUGGCGAUUGGAAAUGUAUGUUGUAUUUUUCCAUUCACAGAUCCCGCCAAUGUACCUGUAUAUUCUGAAAUAGCAACAAAUGGAAUUGGAUGGUUAACUAAUCUUACAGUACCAGAUAGUUCUUUAAUAUUGCCCUUAACUAUUGGUGUAAUAAAUCUUUCUAUUGUUGGAUUAUAUUAUAAUAAUUUUAAUAAUCCGACAAUUGUGCAAAAAUUUGUAUGUGCCACAUUUGGAAUUCUCAGUGUGGGAACUAUUCCUAUUACCACACAAUUACCAUCGGGAUUAUUGUUAUAUUGGUUAACAAGUUCAUCUUAUGGUUUAGCUUUAAAUUUAAUAUUAUUGACAUCUUUUGGUAAAAAAGUAUUACGUAUUCCUAAAUACAAAUCUUAUAUGCAAAUAAAGCAGGAAACUGAAAUUAAAUUUCCCGAAUAUCAGGCGAUGUUACAUGGUAAUUCGGAUGCGAAACAAUUGAAACGAAAGAAAGUGACGAAUUAGAUAAAUAUAAAUUUAAUAAUUUUGGAUGUAGUUUAAGAAAAAAAAUAUGUAAAUAAUUUUAAUAAAAAUAAAUACAUUUAGGUUUAUUAGUAUUAAAAAAAAAAUAAUAUUUUUUUCGAAUGUUUUUUCUUCUAGAAUACGAAAUUAAAGUUCUAGUCAUCAAAUCA